AUGUUUUGUGCUUUCGUGUCUUCAAAUUGGAGUCUUCUGAUCUUACUGUUGUUUGUGAACAGCCAGCAAACUUUCGCUAAACCAGCAAAGAGACUUGCAGGUUAUGCCUCGGUGCCUAAUCAAACCCAACAUUGCAAUAAUGUGUAUUUCUACGAGGCGCCCAACGAGAAGAUCGCUACAAUGCUGAAAGAAAUAAAGGAACAACUCACUCAAGUACAGACUGACAUCAAUGUUCUAAAAGGAAACAAGACUAAUCAGAAAGGUAUAUAUUCCUAGCGGUCAGGUGCCUAGACCAACUAAUUAAGUGCCACUCAGUCCUUGGGAUUUAUUUCGUGUUAUCAUGAUGAUCAUAAGAGUUUUUAAUACUUCGAUAAACAGGGAAUCGCAUGAUAACCACUUAUUUAUCUUUAAAACAGAUUUCAUGACUCGAACUUGUACGUUAGGUUUUUGAGGCCCGUUUCAAACGUCGUGCUACUACCGUGCCGAACUCAAUUGAUCGAAUUAAACUCGACUUUAGCAUGGCAGUAGCGCGACGUUUGAAACCAAGUCGUGCUACUGCCGCGCCGAACUCAAUUCAUACUGUAUAAAUACAUUAGAAUACAUUUAAAAGUUUGCUAAACCGUUUCUUUAUUUUUGUGUUUUGCUUUCGGCAACAGCCGUUCUAUUCGACUUAACUAAAUUCCGCGUUUGAAACCAAGUCGUGCUAGUGUCGUGCUGCAGUCGAGCUACAGACGAGCCAGCUUAGCGCGGCAGUAGCACGACGUUUGAAACAGGGCUGAGCUGUUGAUAGAAAGGCUACAGCUUUGAUUCGAAGCACUUUCUCCUGUAGCCUGUGUACAGACGUCCCCCCUCCCUCAGAAAAAAUCUGAGGGAGGGGGGACGUCUGUACACAGGCUAUUCCUCCUGGUGUGACUGAAGGAAGAAUUCUUGACUGGCACGUUCCUAACUAGGGAUAACAAACCCUUUCAAGUAGUCCCAUAUAAAAAGAGAGCCUUGGUCCACUUUCUUUAAAACUAAGUACAAAGUAGAAAAAAAAUAGAGACUAGCAACUUCUCUCGUUUUUAAAAGAAUACCGGUCUUUGAAUAACCGAACCAAGAUAGGAUAAUCCGGAUAAUCUAAAAGUCGCUGCCUCAAUAACUUAGUUCAUUAGCGCAGUUUUCUCAAAAUAAUAUCAAUUGUGCCCUUGUGAUCUCAUUAUUAAGAAAUCGUUUGCAUAUAGAAUAAUAUUCUAGGUGUCUACCGAUUAUUAGUAAUAUGGCUCCUACCCCAGAGGAGACUCUUAUUCCCCCAAAGGAGACCAAUCUGGGCGUUGGCGCAGGAAUUAUUUUAUCCCUAAAUUAACCCAGUUUGAGCCCUAAGAGAGAUCAGCAUCAAAUUUCUCCUUGUAAUAUCAAUGCUUUAGAAAACAGAGUGGUCAUGAGAAUUGAGUACAUGAUCAGGGAAGAUAAGUAUAUCUGAUAUUUCAACAAAUUCUCCCCACUACUUCUAUUGAAAAAGUAUAAGGCCAGUAAAUGAGAAUCUCAAUUUUAAUCUUAGGGUUUGAAGGUUAAAGGAGCCGUGCUCUAAAACAGUGUGAUCGCAUUUAUCCAUUUCUUUGUGAAUAACACUAAGCGAUACCUUCAUGAAUGAAAUGUUGCCUUUCCUUCCUAAACAUACUAAGUGAGACCAAAAUCUGCAAUAAUUCUUUCCCUCUGCAUGCUAGACGUCGAACAAGUCAUCCUUGUCAUUUUCAUAACUAGAAAUGCGGGCAGAACCUCGUGAGGCCCGGGAGAGGAGGCUUUAAAAUGUUAAGGAUGGGAGGGGCGGAUAGCGGGAGAGAAAUAGAGUAAAUUGUGUAACUAGGGAGUGCGGGUUUCAAAACCGGCGCAUAAUCACAAUUGAAAAUAAUAUAAGGCAAUCUUUUCUUAACAGCUAAAAAGAACUGUGCUGAGCUUUACAAAGCUGGCGAAAGAAUCAGCAGUGUUUAUACAAUCGACCCUGAUGGUCAAGGUGCCUUUGAUGUGUUCUGCGACCAAACAACAACCGGAGGGGGGUGGACAGUGUUCCAAAAGAGACUGGACGGCUCGGUUGAUUUCUACCGCGGCUGGGCUGACUACAAGCGGGGGUUUGGUAACCUGAAUGGCGAGUUUUGGCUUGGAUUGGACAAGAUUCACCGGCUGACCAAAUCAAAUAACAGGCUUCGAGUUGAUCUAGAGGACACUACAGGAAAAACCGCUUACGCUGAAUACGACAUGUUUGCUGUUACAAGCGAGAGGACUAAGUACCAGCUUAGUUUAGGAACUUAUUCAGGUGAACUAAUGACACAUCGCCUCUAAAAAAUUGCGUUCAAUGUUUUAUUAUUAUCGUUUAAUAUUCAUAAUAUGUCUCUAUGGGCUUUCUUUGACAUCGUCAUGGUCCUUACACUUAUACAGCUUAAAUUCCCCAAAGCGACCUUUCUCUUACACUUCAAUACUACACAUUAUUUUCAGAUUGUCUAUUUAAAAAAUCAAAAAUUCCUGGUAAAAUUCUCUUGUAUUAUUAAUCCCAGGAACCGCUGGCGACUCUUUUUCUGUGCAUCGUGGCCAGUCAUUUAGCACUAAAGACCAAGAUAAUGAUAGCGACAAAUCAAGGAACUGUGCUGUGUCCUACAAAGGAGCCUGGUGGUACAAAAACUGUCAUGGUUCCAAUCUGAAUGGUUUGUACCACCAUGGUUCACAUUCAUCUCAUGCUGAUGGUGUCAACUGGUAUGCAUGGAAAGGACAUUUCUACUCUGCAAAGAGAGUUGAGAUGAAGAUCAGACCGGUGAACUUUUAG